AUGCCACCACUCAAGCGAUUGAGGGCCUGCUGGAGGACACCCAAAAGCUUAAAGAGGUUAGCUUGCAAAAUCGAGCAGCCAUUGAUUUCCUUCUUCUGGCACACGGCCACGGUAGACCUGCCGCGCCUCACCGGCAGCAUCCUGCACACCAAAUUCUGGCUCGUGGACGGUCAGCACCUCUACGUGGGCAGUGCCAACAUGGACUGGAGGUCCCUCACCCAGGUAAAGGAGGUCAGUGCCACUGUCUACAACUGCAGAUGCCUGGCCCAAGACUUGGCCAAGAUCUUUGAGGCCUACUGGGCCCUGGGUGUGCCGGGGGCCUCCAUCCCAUCCCCGUGGCCAGAGAAUUUCUCCACCUCCUUCAACCUGAAGAUGCCGCUGGUGCUGACACUCAGUGGCACCGACACCGCUGUCUACUUCUCCAGCUCCCCUCCCCCGCUGUGUGCUGAGGGCCGCACUGCCGACCUGGACGCACUGCUGGACGUCAUCAACGGCGCCGCUGCCUUCGUGGAUGUGGCGGUGAUGACUUACCUGCCCGGCACCGAGUUCUCACGGCCCGAGCGCUUCUGGCCACCUAUCGACAAACAGCUGCACCGGGCCAUGGUGGAGAGGGGCGUGGCUGUGCGGCUGCUGGUGGGGUGCUGGGAGCACAGCAACCACCAAAUGUUCCCCUUCCUGCACUCCCUCGCCGCCCUCGCCAACGGCGGCACCGGCUUCGACGUGCAGGUGAGGCUGUUCUUGGUGCCGAGGACCCCCGUCAUUUCCCGGAUCCCCUUCGCGCGCGGCAUUGAACCGCAAAAGUACAUGCUGACAGACAAGGCGGCCUACGUGGGCACAUCCAACUGGUCGGGGGACUACUUUGAGUGCACAGGGGGCUUGGGAUUGGUCAUGGCCCAGCCUGGAGGUGGCUCUGGAACGUUCCGGGAGAAGCUCCGUGCCCUUUUCCAGCGGGACUGGGUGUCCCAGUACAGUGUCGACAUCAGAGACCCCCAGCGCUGGGGGAGCCGCUGCGGCACAGAGUGA